AUGUCCCGCAUCUAUGAAGAUAAUCUCAAGGAUCUUUCAUCAGCAAUCAAAUAUCGACUUUUGAAACACGAUGCGACAGUGCAAAUCAAUGAAAUACUUCCAUUUCAUGAUUCUCAAGAGAUCGAAGAUAGAAACUGUUGUGUGGCUGAGAGUCACCUACAAUUAGCUGACAUUUACCUUAAACUACACGACUUGGAAGCAGCUCGUCGAAGUUUGACAGCAGCAAAAAAACUAUAUGAAGGCAUGGACUGGAAAAAUAAAGUCGUGGAUAUCGAAGAGAAACUCUCGGCCGUUGAUCGUCAAGAACAAGACACAGAAUAG